CCAUUUUCCCUCUCUAUAAAAAAUUGGGGGUUUUUCUGUGUCCAUUUUUGCGCCAGAAAAGAAGGGUUUUUGAUUUUGUGCUUUUGACGAACCAUGGCGGAGGAAGCGUCAGCGUCAGUGAACGAAACCCUAGCCCAGCCAAAUGCGGCGGCGAAGUCCAACGAGGCCACCAUAGCGAUAGCAACCGAGGAGGGAGGCACCGAGUCCACCUGCAACAACAACAACAACAAUGACAAGUCCGAAGCUUCUGCCGUCACUUCUUCCGACGGUGACCGCGAGAAGACGCUCGAGUUCGCCGACGAGCUCAUGGAGAAAGGCGCCAAGGCCAUGAAGGACUCUGAUUUCGGCGAGGCCUCCGAGUGCUUCAGCCGCUCUCUCGAAAUCAGGGUUGCACAUUUCGGUGAACUUGAUCCACGGUGUGUUAAGACAUACUAUAAGUAUGGAUGUGCAUUGCUUUAUAAAGCUCAGGAGGAGGCUGAUCCAUUGGGUGCUGUACCCAAGAAAGAGGGUGAAUCUCAACAAGAAUCUGUUAAUGCUGGAUCUGCUAAGAAUGUUGUAAAUGGUGAAUCUUCCACAGCUUCUGUUUCAAGUAAUGCUGAACAGGAUGCAAAUUUAAUCCAUCAGGAAGGAGCACUGGAUGAUGGUGUUUCUAGCGAAAAAGACCAGGAAGAAGAUAAUGAAGGUAGUGAUGUUGAGGACCUUGCUGAAGGUGAUGAGGAUGAGACUGACCUUGAUUUGGCGUGGAAAAUGCUUGAUGUUGCAAGAGCAAUCAUUGAAAAGCAUAACUCUGGUGACACAAUGGAGAAGGUGGAGGUGCUAUCAGCUUUGGCAGAAGUGGCAUUGGAAAGAGAGGACUUUGAAACUUCUCUCAGUGAUUACCAGAAUGCACUGUCCUGUUUGGAGCGGUUGGUUGAGCCUGACAGUCGACAUAUAGCUGAACUAAAUUUUCGAAUAUGUUUGUGUCUGGAGAUUGGGUCUAAGCCUGAUGAAGCGAUUCCAUACUGCCAGAAGGCUAUUUCAGUUUGUAAGUCUCGUGUGCAGAGGCUCAUGAUUGAAUCCAAGAGUUUCUCAGAAUCAACAGCAUCAUCGGCUGCUUCUGAAGAUCAAGGUGUCCAGCAGUCCUCAGAUGUAGUUAAGUCUAAUAAUGCCGUGACAGAUAAGCAGACAGAGAUUGAAACUCUAACUGAGCUUUGUGGCGAUCUGGAAAAGAAGCUUGAAGAUUUGCAACAACUGGUCUCGAACCCAAGAUCCAUUCUUGGUGAACUUCUGGGAAUGAUGUCUGCCAAGGCAAAAGCUGGUGAGAAGAGUGCAUCUUCAGCAGCGGUGGGUUCUUCACAGAUGGGCACUGCUAACAACAAUGGAGGUUUUGAUUCCCCAACCAUUUCCACUGCUCAUACAAAUGGAUCUUCUGGAGUCACACAUCUUGGCGUGGUAGGAAGAGGAGUUAAGCGAACGUUGACAAACUCAGGCACGGCAGAAUCAAACCCAGGGAAGAAACCUGCUGUGGAUUCAUCAGAGGGUAACGGUGAGGGCAAAGAAUCAUGAAGGCAUUGAAUUCUCGUAAUUCUAGGACUAAGGACUAUGCUGCUGAUUCUAGAUUUUAGUAUUCUGUUUGGAGUGAUUCCUAGUAGAUAAGAGUUUAAGCAAACUAGUAGAGACUUGUAUUUUGAUAAAUCUUGCUACUUAAAAAUUGAGAUCAUGGAUGCCUCGCUGUUCAGUCUAGUUGGAUAUUGUCCAUGCCGUGGUCAUUUUCUGUUCUAUGAAAUGAAAGGUAGAUUUACAUUUUA